UAAUGCACAGGUUUGCAACUGCAGCUUGUUGAGUGUAGGCCUAGUAUUCAGUCCGUCAAUUGUUUUGAAAAUGGCUUCUUCUACUACUACUACUACUAGUGGACAGAGUGAUUCUCCUAGUCCUAGUCCCAAUAAAAAAGUCAAAGAAGAAGGGAAAAGCUAUUCCCAGAAGUUUCGUGAGAAAUGGUUAACAGAUGAGAAGUACGCUCAGUGGCUUCGGCGUGAUCCAGCGGAUCUGAACAAGGGGAAGUGCAGCGUGUGCGGCACAUCGUUUGUAUCGAAGAGAUCAAACCUUGACGACCACGCCAAAGGUUUGAAACAUCUGAAGAGAAUGAAGGAGAGAUUAGAACCCAUUACUCCUGCUAACCGUAAACCAAUUGAACAAGUUGAAGUGCAGACCCCCAAAAAGACAAGCAAGGCCAAGGAAAAGAUGAGGGCAGAAAUCAAGCUUGGAGCAUGGGCUGCAGAACACAACAUUCCAUCUCGAGCAUUCGACCAUUUUCCAGAUGUGUUGGCCAAGACUCUCUCUGACUCCAAGGUAGCCCAAAGCCUGCACCUGAAGCGCACCAAAGUUUCCAAUGUUAUGACAAAUGUGAUAGGGCAGGGUUUUAUUGAAGACACGGAGAAAGAAAUUACAUGUAGUGCCAAAGAUCGCAUGGGGAAGAGAAAAUAUAGUGUCACAAUUGACGUAACCACAGAUCGCUCCGCUGGUGAGAAGCAAUUGGCUGUCAUCAUCAAAUAUUUUGAUGGACCUGUCAUGAAGACCCGUCUCCUCGACAUCGUCUCUGUGGCAGAUGGGGAUGCUGAAUCACUGUUUCAGGCGCUGUCGUUUGUCAUCACUAAGAAAGGACUGGACUGGAGUGACUGUGUGGGGUGGUGUGCAGACACCAGUGAUGUAAUGCACGGUGAUCAGGACAGCGUGAAGACUAGACUAAUGAGUGUGAACCCUCACAUGGCCGCAGUGAAUCGCUCCUGGCAUAGUGCUGCCCUGGUGGCCUCCCAGGCCUGUGAAGUUUUUCCUGGAUCUUUGGAGAAGCUGGUGCACAAUGUUUAUAACUACUUUGCACACUCCAACAAACGUACGGCUGCCUUCAAAACAUUUCAGUUACUCACGGACACAGAGCCCCACAAACUACUGAAGCCUCGUCAGACGCAGUGGCUGAGCCUGAGUGAGUGCAUAACCAGACUUCUUGAACAGUGGGAUGCCUUACUCAUGUUUAUGCACGCUCAAGAUCUCAGUGAAACUGAAAGCGAUACACAAGCUUGUGGCAUCCUGGCAGUCAUGCGUGACCCGUACACGAAAAUAUACCUGGAGUUUCUCUCCUUCGCGCUACCGAAAAUACUCGCCUUCAACAAGACACUCGAGUCAAGUGGAUCCACAAUCCAUAUGCUUGCCGACACACUGAGAAAACUGUACUCGGAUAUUCUGUCUCUGUACAUGGAACCAGCAUUCAUACAACAGUGUCGUUCGUUGGCUGACAUCGACCCAUCAAAUGAAGCCCUCAUGCUGCCGUUGGAGUCCACAUACAUCGGAGUUGCAGCCUUCCAGUCGCUCACUACGCUGAAUUCAACCAAUCAAAUGAAGAUCGAGUUCCUCCAGAUGUGCAGAGCGUUUCUGGUGACCACGUGCGAAGAGAUGAAGAAUCAGUUUCCCUUGAGCGACCCCCUGUUGAUAGCGGCCAGUAAGCUUAAUAUGGAGUCAGUGAGGACGGGCCAUGUGACUUCCUUCGUGAGUGAAAUACUGCCUCAUUUCCCAGGAGUUAUAGCCGAUAAGGAGCUGCAAAGGGUGGACGACCUCUGGCGACAGAUCCCGUACAAGGAGGACUUAUCCGCAGAUCUAGACUUUCUACAUUUCUGGCAGAAAGUUUUCAGUAAUGAACACUACGACCCUCUCAGUUACUGCGUCAAAGCGAUCAUGCUGGUCCCUGUGGCAAAUGCUGAUUGUGAGCAAAUCUUCUCUGAGCUUCGCCAAAUCAAGUGUGCGCAAUCAAGCCACUGUACCGCGGACUCUCUCAUGAAACUCGCAGCUGCUCGGGAAGGCAUUCGGGAGACUGGCUGCGCUGACUUUGAGCCAAGCAAGACAAUGUACCAGAAAUUCAAGAAGAGCGGUACACUGUAUGCACGACAAGUACAAGAGGGUGGAGACUGCAAGGGUGAACAAAACUAGCAAUGUGAUAUGUGACCCUCCAUGUGAUAUGAGCCAUGUUUUACUGUAAUUUGGAAAAUUUAUAAAAAUAACUUUGAGCAUCCAGAGCAAUUAGACUUUGCCCAUGCUUUGACACAACAUUGCUCGCCUGAAAGUGUCGGAAAACCAAUAUAUUCUCCAAAGCAUCUAUUUGCAUUGUUUUAAGAAUUUUUUUUAACUAAAUGAAACUUUUUUUUUUUUUUUUACUUUUUUUUCUCAUAAAUUACUGCACCCAAACUGUUUCACGUUCGGAUUCAUUGUGAUUCAGUUUUAACUUUUACAAGUAAUGGUGCAUAAUGACUUGCUGCAUUAACGUUUGUUAAAGGAACGUAUGAACAGAAAAAAAUGCAUGGUGCAUUUUGUAGUAAUUUUUGGCAGAAACAUUUUCGGAUUGCGUUCUGGCAUCUCUUGCUCCCUGAUAGAGAAAUCUU